AUGUCAUAUAAAUUACCAAAUUCAAUCCCUGAUUUUCCUACAUAUGGAUUGCUUCCCAAGGAGGAAACCGAAGCAGCAUCAUUUUUGAAAAAACAUCCUGAGUAUGAUGGUCGUGGUGUUACUAUUGCAAUAUUAGACACCGGUGUUGAUCCUGGUGCUGCUGGUUUACAGACUACUACUGAAGGGAAGCCAAAGAUUAUCGAUAUCAUUGAUUGUACCGGUUCCGGUGAUGUAACGACAAAGGUUGUUGUAAAACCUGUUAUCAAAGAUGAUGGAAAUGAGACUUUACACACAAUUCAAGGCUUAACUGGUCGUACUCUUAUAAUUGAUCCAAAUUGGAAUAACCCUUCAGAAGAAUAUCGUGUCGGUAUUAAAAGAUUAUAUGAGCUAUUUCCAAAAGAUUUGGCUAAUAGGCUUCGAAAGGAACGUAAACAAGAUUUU